AUGGCUGUCAGAGACAUUCAUGAGUUGGAUGGCUGGCUGAAAUCUGUGGACAAAUCCGGGCUACCUGGAAAAUUCAAAGCAUGGGUCUAUCAGCACGGCAUCCUCCCCAGGAUCCUGUGGCCUCUCCUUGUCUAUGCCGUCCCAGUUUCCACAGUAGAGAUCUUGGAGAGGAAAGUCAGCAACCACCUGCGGAGAUGGCUGGGGCUACCUAAGAGCCUGAGCAGCAUCGCACUCUAUGGGUGCAAUAACAAGCUGCAGCUGCCCUUUAAAUCCCUAGAGGAGGAGUUCAAGGUAGCAAGGGUUAGAGAAGUGGUGCUGUACAGGGACUCUAGUGAUCCAAAGGUGGCCAAUGCUGGAAUCCAAGUGAGGACGGGUAGAAAGUGGAAGGCAGAAGAGGCCGUACAGAUGGCCGAAGCUAGGCUGCGGCACAGGGCUUUGGUGGGAGUGGUGACAUGAGGCAGAGCUGGUCUGGGAUCCUUUCCAACUCCACAAAUGAACACCAGGGGGAAGGAGAGGCGGCGCGAGAUCCAAGAGGAAGUGAGGGCUGAUGUGGAGGAGAUAAGAUCCUGCAGGGCGGUGGGCAUGAGACAGCAGGGGGCCUGGACAAGAUGGGAGAAUGCGCUGGAGCGGAAAGUAACCUGGACUGAGAUCUGGAGAGCUGAGCCCCACCGCAUCAAAUUUCUCAUCCAGGCAGUGUACGACGUGUUGCCCAGUCCAUCAAAUCUGUAUGUAUGGGGUCUAGGAGAGUCACCUGCCUGCCCAUUAUGUUCCAAGAGAGGCACCUUGGAACACGUUCUUAGUUGCUGCACAACAGCACUAGGAGAAGGGCGUUACCGUUGGAGGCAUGACCAAGUCCUAAAGACUAUAGCUGAAGCCAUCAACACAUGGUUGGUAUGGGCAAAGCAGCUGCGUCCCCCCAAGAACACCAUCACCUUUGUCAAGGCUGGGGAGCAGGUUGCCUCAGCAAAGAAAGCACCAACAGGCAUCCUGACCUCGGCAAGAGACUGGCAGCUGCUGGUGGACCUUGAGAAACAACUGAAGUUCCCCAGCAACAUUGCGGUCACCACCCUCCGCCCUGAUAUCGUCCUUGUAUCAGAGGCCACCAAGCAGGUCGUAAUGCUGGAACUGACAGUCCCAUGGGAAGAUCGCCUGGAAGAAGCGUAUGAGAGGAAGCUCUCCAAGUACAUGGGGUUAGUCAAUGAUUGCCAGCAGUCAGGAUGGAGGACGAAGUGCCUCCCAGUCGAGGUAGGGUGCAGAGGCUUUGCGGCCCGAUCCUUGGCCAGCGCACUCGGGCGUUUAGGCAUCGUCGGACAGCAAACGAGAAGAGCCAUCCGCAAUACUACCGAAGCGGCAGAGAGGAGAACCAUGGAGUCGUGGUAG